GCCGCCUCUGUGUGGUCCGCCUCCCGCUUGUUGCUGGGGGUGCUUUCAAGAGUGGUCACUUUGUUUGGUAGUAUGUCGGUCGGGCACCAAGCUCAACAUGGUUCGUGUCAUUCCACUUUUUGGUCCUUACUCGGACGUUUUACUCACCAGCGCAACAUACCUACCUACCCACCCACACCCUCCUCGGCAUCAGGUGAACCUGUGUUCCAGCAUGUCAGCUUGUCCAGGCUAAUAAGAGCGUCGUACACUGGUCCAGACGUUCCCAUGUGGGGGCACGAGUGGUUACAGGUGCCCCCAUGUCGCCUUGUUAUUUAAAGAGAGACGCGUGUCAGCACGAAGCAAGCCGCAUGCCCCAUGGGAUGUAGACAUCAUGUCCCGAAAGCUUCUGUGCAGCUUCACCUUCCGCCUCAAGCUCUUUUCCCGCCUGCCUUCCAUUUGACUUCCGUCUUCCGUCGCACGGAGCUUGCUGGGAGACAGCUGCCACCAGUCGAACGUUUCGUCUGACGCUCCAUGACGUCGGGUCGCCCGGCCUAACGAAAGAGCGAGUGAUCGGGAACAACAAAGUCGACAGUUGCACUUGCACUUUUGUGGUCACCGCUUCAUCCGGAAGCCUCCACUCUCACUCCCUCUCCAUCAUCCACCCACCAAGCCUCUCGGCUGAAGGAAGGAACAUAGCUUCAAGUCCUGCACUUUAGAGCUCUGGUCCUCUACGCACAAGGAGCGCUGGUCGCACACCGGGCGUUGGUCACUUCUCUUAACGGCAUAAACCUUACUGCAUCACAAGGCAGCUGGAGACGUACGGUUACGCUAGGCACAUAGCUGUGCUUGCUGAGCCACGCCUGCCGCCAGGAGCCUGGAUUCGACGAUGCGCAGAGCCAAACAGUCCCUCAUUCAAAUUAGGUACCUCUAGACAGUUACGCAACAAGCAAACACCAGAACGACAGCAGCUCCAAAGUAGAGGUGCCGGCACCUUUCAGCACGUCUCCAGCACCCUUUCAAGCCUUUGAGUAAUGCAAUAUACCCCUUCUUGCAGCCAGCAGAAUCAAGAAUAACACCUCGGCGGACAUCAUUCGGUCACGUCGGCCCACCAACAUCACCUUCUCAGCGGAACAAAUUCACAAGAUCCUUAGCUCAGUCUAGGAUCGCAUUCAUCCAUCUUCAAGCAAACAUGGCGCUCCCUUUCACCACCUCCCAAGACCCCGAUAGCAUCAAUGGCAGACUUAGGCGCCUCAUGUCCCGGAAACGGGUCCGAAGCAAGAAGGAAGACAAGAGAAGGGCAGUAGAGUCGCCGGUACCAACUACCCCCAUCGUGGCUCUCGCCAAAAGAUAUGAUCCCUGCUCUUUCAGGACCCGACUCGCCGACGCAGGAAUCGCUCCCGAGCUUGGUCAAUUUAUGGCCAACCAUCUGGUAGCAACCACAACAACAACAACCCCCAAGGCAUCCAAUGGAUGCGUGGCGGUUGAGCGAUCCCUGGGAAGGCCCGACGAAGUGCCGCCCACACCCCUUCGCGCUACUCUGAGAGUCAGUUCGCGGACGCUACGGUCCCGCAAGCGAAGCCGACAAGAAGAUGAUGACGGCUACACACCGUCCGCGUCUACCAAGAUCAUCACGGUACCCAGCAGCAUCUUGAUAGUUCCCUCAGACGAAGAUGGCAGCGACAGUUUGGCGCCAACACCCCUCUCCCCUGGCUUUGACUUGGUCGACAUUGCCUUUUCGACCGUGGAAGAGUUCGAGGACACGGAAAUGGUUUCUUGGAACGACCGGCGACGGGAUAGCGGGCCCAUCAACUUCGACGCCAACAUGUCGACAAUGCGCAUGCCCUUUUCCUAUCAGCACCCGCGAGGGACGAGGAGAAGUGUGGUAGACAUGGUGGUGACCACCGACUCAGCAGGAUUCGCGUCAGAUGAGUGGUCUGUCAUUGCAGACGCAUCCAUGAUCCCAACCUUCGGACCCAGCGAUGUCAUGAAGCAACCGAUUCAUCAGGCCAUCGUUAGGAGCUUUGUCUCUAGGUGUAGGGCAGCCAAGCGGAGAAUGAUGACUUCUCGACGGCACGUAUCAUGUCGACACAGCUCGACGGACAUGACUGCUGGCCAGCGUGCCUCGGUUGGUGCGGUGCACUGAUGAUGGGAAGGGGGGUGUGGGGGUCCCUCAGGAUGACGAAAUGAGCUCUGGGAUGGUGGCAUGUGUGGAUUGUAGAGAUGCAAAUGCUCCGGCGGCCGGUUGAUGAAAAAAACCAGUUAUAGGUCAAGAUAUUGGCCUCGAGGGAGAUGUAUCGCUUUUCUUUUUUCCUUCUUUCUUUCUUUUUUUUUUUUUCUUUUCUUUUCCAGGAUAGAGAACUGCAUAUGGCAUGAAGUAUGUAGCAGGUAACACCGUGCUGCUAUCGAGGAAUUGUCUUGUCGACUCCACUGCCUUACAGCAAACGAUGUCCAGAAAACUGACAAUUGAAUCGCUUCGUCAUAUCUG